GUUCACUGUACAGCGCUUUCUCUCUCUUGUUCUCUCUCCCUCCCUCCCUCUAACACACACAGCUUUUUCAGUUUAUAUCCUGCCAAAGCCGACCGAGGCUGUUUCGCCCCAAAAAAGAAAACAUAAAUUAAGUGAUAAAAAUUGAAAAUUUGGAACAAAUAUCAUCAAGGAUUGGAUAAAUUUUCUGACAUUUUUCGUAAUAUCGGCAUUGAUUUGGAAUUAGGGAUUUCAUUGUUAGUUUUUGCUAGUGGCGAGGCGGUGGGAAGGGGAGAAGGUAGGGUUUUGGUAACGAAAAUGGGGGGUGAGGCGUAUAAGACGGCGGACGGGGUUGCGAAGGAGGAGGAGGUGGAGGUGGAGGAGGAGAGGCGUAGUGGGGAGGAAAUGGUGGCGGUAGUUGACGGGCAAAAGAAGAAUUCAACUGUGGGGCAGUUACCACAGCCGAUGAAGAUAGUGGUCGUAGGUUAUGCUCUUACUUCCAAAAAAAUUAAGAGCUUUUUGCAGCCAAAAUUGGAAGGCAUAGCUAGGAAUAAGGGGAUACUCUUUGUUGCUAUUGACCAGACAAAACCCCUUUCCGAUCAGGGCCCUUUUGACAUUGUGUUGCAUAAGUUAUCAGGGAAGGAGUGGCAGCAUGUUCUUGAGGAUUACAGGCAAACACAUCCAGAUGUCACAGUACUUGAUCCUCCAGAUGCAAUACAGCAUGUGUACAAUCGUCAAUCCAUGCUUGAAGAUGUUGCUGACUUGAAUUUGUCAGAUGCUUAUGGCAAAGUUGGUGUUCCAAGGCAACUUGUUAUCAAGAAAGAUCCUUCUUCAAUCCCAGAUGCUGUUAACAGUGCUGGAUUAAGGCUACCUUUAGUUGCAAAGCCUUUGGUUGCAAAGUCACAUGAACUGUCGCUGGCUUAUGACCAAUACUCUCUGAAGAAGUUAGAGCCGCCACUUGUUCUACAGGAGUUCAUUAAUCAUGGUGGUGUCCUCUUUAAGGUUUAUAUUGUUGGAGAAGCAAUUAAGGUUGUCAGGCGUUUCUCAUUACCUGAUGUCAGUAAACCUGAGUUGUUAAAGAAUGCUGGUGUCUUCCGCUUUCCAAGGGUUUCCUGUGCUGCAGCUACUGCAGAUGAAGCGGAUCUAGAUCCAUCUGUUGCAGAGCUUCCUCCGCGACCAUUACUUGAGAAGCUUGCUAGGGAACUGCGUCGAAGAUUGGGUCUUCGGCUUUUCAAUUUAGACAUCAUCCGAGAGCAUGGAUCAGCAGACAAAUACUAUGUCAUAGACAUCAACUACUUUCCUGGUUAUGGGAAAAUGCCAGAAUAUGAGCAUAUAUUCACAGAUUUUCUCCUGAGUCUAGCAGGGAGCAAGUAGAGAUGAUGACUGCGCUGAAAGCUUGGGAAGCAGCUUUUGAGAGAGAGUGCUUAUCAGCAAAGCUGUACAACUCGAAGAAAUUCCCAACUGUACAUGUGGUGGACUCCAUGCUGCUGCAAAGCAGUUCCUAUGCUGGAAAUUUGAAGGAGAUUUUCCAAGUUAUCUUCUGAUCCUGCUAGCGUAGAGGGAAGAAUUUGGCUGAUCCAGCUUGUACAGUCCUAAUUAACCAACCACCUUAGCCAUUGCUAUCUGUUGAUCUCUUUUUGUAUUUUUGAUUUCUUCUUAUUCUUCGGUUUACAUUCUCUAUUAUGUAUUAUCUAAUUUGGAGUGGGCGGCCAAUGCUGCACAACUGUAUAUCCUUUUAGUGGAAUGUAUACGUCUUUCUAAGUUU